AUGGACGUUCAAGUAUGGAGUAAGCUACCAGAAGAAUUAUUAAUGCGGAAUUUAUCUGACCUGCCUAGUCUAAUCAUGAGAAAGUUCGUGGUUGUUUGUAAAUCAUGGAGAACACAAUUCCAGCAGAGUCAAUUAAGUGUCCCUCUUUCUUUGUUCCCUGCUUUUCUUAUAGGAAGUUUGCACAGCCAUAAUGACUAUGAUAAUUUGUACUUACUUCAAUCACCGGUCACUUACCCUCUGCGCAAACUAUCAUUAGAUUUUUUGGCGACCUCCGGCCAUGUAGUGACGACCUGCAAGAGCCUCCUCUGUUAUGUUAGUUACCCGAGAAGUUUUAUUUUCAAGGACACUAAAUCGUCAAUUUGUGGCCCCUCCGAUUUGUUCUCCAUCUGCAAUCCUAUCACCAGGACAUGGAAAAGGCUGCCUCCUCCUAUCCAGCUGCGAUCCGAUACACAUUUCAUUGCCAUGUCAUUUGACCCUUGUGCAAGGAGAUGUCUGUUGGUUAUAGGAGUUAAUAACAACACCGGAGGAGAUAGAAACCAGCUGGUUAUGGAGAUCUUUGAUUCACAGAGUUCUACAUGGACCAAAUUGGAGAUGGAUAUGCCCCUAUCAGUUUUUCCGAAAGGAGAAGGUUUAUAUUCUAGAGGAAGCUUUUAUUGGAUUAAUUACAACCCACUUGAUCAGAGCAGCCGGCCCAUGUUCCGAUACGAUGUUGCAGCAUACAAUGUUGCAGAGAAUCGUUGGGAUGUUAUCAGGCGACCAGAGACAGGAAAAGAUAUACCUGAGUUUGAGUACCAUUGCUGCUGGAAGUUAACUGGGUACGAUGGGAAAGUUGUUAUGGUGGACCAAAUAGAUAUGUCUCUAUGGGAGCUUAAUAUAGAAGGUUGUGAAGGGCCUAGCUAG